AUGUCUCUCCGGUUUUCUGGCGGAUCCAGGCACGUUGGCAUACAGUCAGGAUCCCUCAGACCACCCAGCGGAGGCACAGGCUUUGCUGGGAGCAGCGUGGCUGGCGGUUCGGUUGCUGGUAGUGGAUUUUCUUGGGCCUUGGGAGGGACACUGGGCAGUGCUCCUGGUGGGAGCCAUGCCACUGGUGCCAUGGGAAAUGUCACCGGUGUUGGCUUCAUCGGAAGUGAAGGGGGUCUCCUCUCUGGAAACGAGAAGGUCACCAUGCAGAAUCUUAACAACCGCUUGGCCUCUUACCUGGAUAACGUGAAAGCUCUGGAGGAGGCCAACGCUGAGCUAGAGCGAAAGAUCAAGACUUGGCAUGAGAAAUAUGGACCGGGGUCGUGCCGUGGACUUGACCGUGACUACAGCAAGUAUCAUCUAACCAUUGAGGACCUUAAAAGCAAGAUCAUCUCUUCCACAGCCGCUAAUGCUAAUAUAAUUCUGCAAAUUGAUAACGCCAGACUGGCUGCAGACGAUUUCCGACUAAAGUAUGAAAACGAACUCACCCUUCACCAAAAUGUAGAGGCAGACAUCAAUGGGUUGCGGCGCGUCCUUGACGAGCUGACCCUCUGCAGGACGGACCAAGAGCUGCAGUACGAAUCCCUGAGUGAGGAGAUGACUUAUCUCAAGAAGAACCAUGAAGAGUAUGAGGCCCUGGCUGAGCAGAACCGCAGGGACGCCGAGGCCUGGUUCCAAGAGAAGAGCGCCACGCUGCAGCAGCAGAUCUCCAAUGACUUGGGCGCAGCCACCUCAGCCAGGACCGAGUUGACAGAGCUGAAGCGCUCCCUGCAGACACUGGAGAUCGAGUUGCAGUCACUCUCAGCCACGAAACACUCUCUGGAGUGCUCCCUGGCGGAGACGGAGGGCAACUACUGCUCACAGCUGGCCCAGAUCCAGGCUCAGAUCAGCGCCCUGGAGGAGCAGCUGCACCAGGUGAGGACGGAGACCGAGGGCCAGAAGCUGGAAUAUGAGCAGCUGCUGGACAUCAAGGCCCACCUGGAGAAGGAGAUCGAGACCUACUGCCGCCUCAUAGACGGAGACGAGAAUUCCUGCUCUGUCUCCAAGGGUUUUGAAUCUGGAAGCUCAGGGAAUUCACCCAAAGAUGUAUCCAAAACCACACUGGUAAAGACGGUGGUUGAAGAAAUAGAUCAGCGUGGUAAGGUCCUGUCCUCCAGGAUCCACUCCAUCGAGGAAAAGAUGUCUAAGAUGAGCAACGGCAAGGCUGAACAGAGGGUUCCCUUCUAG